AUGGUGGCACAAAUGGAAUCCGCCGAAUCACUCAAAGAUGCCGGUAAUGAUGCAGUGAAACGAGGAGAGUAUGCAGAAGCGAAUGAGUAUUAUACAGAAGCGCUACAACUGGCCAGUGACAGCGAUAAAUCACUUCGAGCUUUGCUGUAUAGAAAUCGCUCCCUGUCAAGGUUGAAACAGGAUGACUUUGAAGGGGCUGAAAGCGAUGCCACUAAGGCUCUUGAAUACGAUGGCGCUGAUGUGAAGGCCCUUUAUCGGCGAGCUCUUGCCCGUGAGCACCUGGACAAUGUAGCAGCAGCAUUCAAAGAUGCCAAGGAGGCAUUGAGGCUGAGUCCCAAGGACAAGGCUAUUUCUGAAAUGCUCCAACGAUUAGUCGUUGCGAACAAUGAGAAAGUGAAGAAAGCUACAAGUAUGGAUAACAAAGUGAAUGACAUGAGCAGGCUUGCUUUCGAAGGCUCUGCCAAGGAUGAGGAACGAAAAAAGAAGGCGUUCAACAACCUUCUUGUACUUGCUAGGGAAAAUGAGGCAGGUGCUGUAAGGAUUUGGAAUUCGGGAAAAAGUAUAAAAACUUUGCUGGCUAUCGCUGAAGAUAACAACGAACCAUUGGAAAUAUCAGUGUGUGUCAUUCGUAUCGUGGACGAGCUAAUCAAGGAUCACGGCAGAGUAUGUGAUGCAUUUGCUGAUCGCUCAUGCAGUUCCUGUUCAUGCAUGACGAUGACGGUCUGCGUUCGGUACGACGUGUCUGCCGUAUAA